CAACUUAGAGGACACAGGGUGCAGGGGGGCCCGUGGGGUGCAGGUGUUACAUCAGGGGGGACUCGAGAGGGUCCUGGAACUUGCGGUCCAGCUGGGACACGGGGGGACCUGGGCUCCAGGUGGGAAGGACUCGGGCUCCAGGUGGGACACGGGGAUGGUGUCACACAGAGCCAGGCAGGACAUGGCAGGUACUCAGAGUGCUGGGGGUCCCAGGUUCGUGCGGGACCGCGUGGAGCGCUGUGGGGACCCCCAGGCUGUGGCCCUGAGCGUGGCUGAACUGGGUGAGCCCCAGCCCAGCAGCCCUGACACCAAACGUCUCAGCGAGUGCCUGCGGCGCAUUGGCGAUGAGCUCGACAGCAACAUGGAGCUGCAGAGGAUGAUCGAGCAGGUGGGGUGUGAUGCCCCCAAAAAGCUGUUUUUCCGUGUGGCCAAGGAGAUGUUUGCUGAUGGCACCUUCAACUGGGGUCGUGUGGUUGCCCUGUUCUACUUUGCCUGCAAACUGGUGCUGAAGGCUCUCUGCACCAAGGUGCCGGAGCUGGUCCAGACCAUCCUGCGCUGGACCAUGGAGUAUCUCCAGGAGCAUGUGCUGGCCUGGAUCCAGGCCCAGGGUGGAUGGUGCUUGAACGGAACCGGCUGCUCUCGGCCCUUUGUCCAUCCCGGCCGUCCAUCUGUCCAUCUGGCCGCUCCCGAAUUCAUCCGUCCCGCCAUGGACUCCCAGAUCCGCCAGAACUACCACAACGACUGCGAAGCCGCUGUCAACCGCAUGGCCAACAUGGAGCUGCACGCUUCCUACGUCUAUCUCUCCAUGGGGUUUUACUUUGAGAGGGACGACGUGGCCCUGUCGCGGCUGGCGCAGUUUUUCCUGGAGCAGUCGCGGGAGGAGCGGGAACACGCCGAGGGGCUCCUGCGCUUCCAGACGCGCCGCGGGGGCCGUGUUCUCCUGCAGGACAUCAAGAAGCCGGAGCGGCACACCUGGGGCUCGGCACUUGAGGCGGUGGAAGCGGCGCUGCAGCUGGAGAAGUCGGUGAACCAGGCGCUGCUGGACCUGCACGGCCUGGCUGCCGAGAAAGGGGACCCCCACCUUUGUGACUUCUUGGAGUCCCACUACCUGGAUGAGCAAGUGAAGGUAAUCAAGGUGCUGGGGGACCAUGCCACCAAUCUGCGACGCCUCACCAGUGGGGCUGCUGCACCCGGGGGGGCCUCAGCCGGCUUUGGCGAGUACCUGUUUGACCGUCUGAGCUUGGAGGAGCGCAGCUGAACCUCUCCCAACUAUGCCUUCCCAGGCACCCACCAGGACCGUGUUCCUGGGCCCCCCAGACCCUUGUAACCCCCCUGCCCCAUCCAAGGAGGCUCUGCCUGCUGGGCUGUCCCAGCAUGGUAGCAAUAAAGUCUUUACUUACUAUCAUG